GUCAAAAACAUGUAUUCGUUGGCGUGUAAACAAGAGUCGGCUCAUGCUGAGAGCAUCUGGAGCUGUGCCUGGGUCAAAAGUGAAAAAGAUGGAACUGAGAACAUUGUGACAGGUUCUCUAGAUGAUACAGUCAAAUGUUGGAAAUGGGUUGAUGAAAAACUUGAGCUGCGACAUGUGAUGGAAGGUCAUCAGCUUGGUGUUGUCUCCGUCGACAUCAAUCAUUCAGGCACAUUGGCUGCAUCAAGUAGUUUAGACAGUCACAUCAAACUAUGGGACCUCGAGUCUGGCAAACAGUUCAAGUCCAUCGAUGCGGGUCCAGUGGAUGCGUGGACUAUCUGCUUCUCACCAGAUUCAAGAUUCCUUGCCUCUGGAAGCCACAUGGGAAAAAUUAACUUAUUUGGAGUGGAAUCGGGGAAAAAAGAAACUUCGUUAGACACAAGAGGAAAAUUUACAAUUAGUAUAGCUUAUAGCCCUGAUGGUAAAUACAUUGCCUGUGGUGCCAUCGAUGGCAUUAUCAACAUCUUCGACAUGACGACGGGGAAGUUGAUGCAUACAUUAGAGGGUCACGCCAUGACCAUCAGGUCAUUAUGCUUCUCUCCAGACUCGCAGCUACUCAUCACAGCAUCUGAUGAUGGUCACAUAAAAAUGUAUGAUGUUCAACAUGCGAAUGUCGCAGGAACGCUCUCCGGCCAUGGAUCGUGGGUCCUAGAUGUUGCAUUUGCUCCCGACAACCGAAAUUUUGUGUCAUGCUCAUCAGACAAAACUGUGAAGGUAUGGAAUGCGAGUGAACGGAAAUGUGUGCACACAUUCCACGACCACAUUGACCAAGUCUGGUCAGCUAAAUACAACACAUCAGGAGCAAAAAUAGUCUCAGUGUCAGAUGACAGGGCACUUCAUGUUUACAAUUGUCCUGUGUGAGAAAUAGCCUUGCAAUUGGAGAAAGACACUGAUUCAGAAUUCUCAUUGACUGUUUCUAAUGUGCUGCAAGGCGUGCUUCAAAUGUGUUGCAAGGCGUGGUUUUUCAGUGUUCAAGGGCUGCAUUUGAAUAUGACAUGACUGAGCAGGCACUCCAUAAUAUAGCCUCUGCCUCACGGUCUUGAACUUCUUCUUUACCCAGUAUCGUGCCAGUUGGUGGAGAGAAGUGUUGAACUCGUUUGGUUAUUUAUCUUGAGAAAUAACCGAAUAUUGUAUGAAAUAUUUUUACAAAAGUGUAUUAUUAAAUGCUUCA